CAGUCAGAGGGCGGCGGGAGUUUAUUUCGUUGGGGUCUGUCCUUCAGCUGUCAUGACAGACCCAUUUGCAGCAUCUGCUGACCCUGGAGACUUGGGUGGGCUACGUUGUGACCUGAGUUUCAUGGAAACUAUCAGCCAGAAGAUGAGAAUUCCCAAUAGACUGAAGGUGACCGAGGAAUUAGGGGAUGAAGAAAGAGCAGAGGAUAUUCAGAUGGCAUCGCUGCAUAUGUGCAUCCCUGACAGAAUAUCCAUGGCAGAAGCAGAUAUGCAAGACAUUGGCGCGAGGCCUUACUUGUAUGGUUGGUUCCAACAUACGCCAUCAAUGUCAGAUCCCCCACCACUCAGCAUCUCUCCCUGCAUGAUGUUCGGGAACCCACAGCCAUUGAAAGUGGACAGCCUAGAGAGUCGGCUGCAAAGACGAGAGCUGGCCAGUUCCCAAAAUUCUAACAGUUCAAGAACAUUGAAUGAGAGUGAAAUCUGUCUAUCAGCUGCGUCCAGAAAACAGAGGAAUGCGGGUGAUCACUCCAAUGGCGUAAGGCUUCCCUUCCCAUCACCUGGACCGGGCCAGGCAUUAUUCUCGCUUCACAAUGUGUUCAGUGUAUUAAAAUAUAUUGGGCACAGCCUAUCGGAGCGCUUUACGGAAACAGUCCAUCAGGAAACGCAGAGAAGGAUUCAACCUCGUGACCGACCCCGUUCUCAUAAUCCAUGUGUGGAUGUGGCCAGUCGUACAAAGAGUCAAAGCAUUUCCCAUGACUACGGAGUACCUGAGGGAGUUCUCGAAAAUUUCAGUGUGAUGGAGAUUGUAACACUCCGGCGACAGCUGAACAAGUUGAAUCGGCGCUUACAGUUGUUGGAACAAGAGAGUCGGGACCGUGCGCGCAAAGAACUCAUCCUCUACUCCAUCAUCGUUACAGCCUGUUUUGUCAACAGUUGGCUCUGGCUGCGGAAGUGAAACUGCACAAAGCAUUGGAAACACUGGUGUAGACUGAGCGACCCACUCGUGUUGAAUGUAGCACUAAAAAGCAUCCUUGUUUCUGGUGUGCAGUGAUCUGUCUCGUUGCUGAAAUACAAGCCUACACCGUCGUUUCAGAUCCGUUUAUUAAGAUGAUUUUAACAGCAGAGUGAUGUGGGCAGAGAAGCUGUAUCGCAAAUGUUAGCGUGUGUUUUCAGAUGAAGCAAAAUGAAUGGAUUCAAUGUGAAAAUGAGCACUUUUUUCUUUAACUCGCAAUAGCAUCGUAAAUCCUGAAAGGCUGCUAUUCCAACUUUAAUAACAUUUCGUGCACUAACCACAGCAUACUUGAGUGUUUGGUGUGGAGUUUGAGGUUUAUAAAUCAAUAUGACUUUAGUUGUUAGUAAGGGUUCUCAUUAAUUUAUAGAGUGAGCAGGUAGGAGAGGGGAGAAUUAAAAAGUCACAGUGACACAACUUAAGUUCAAAAAUAUUGGCAACCUAGUUUACUAUUUUCACUAAGUGCCUCUUGAGUAUUCCCUCCGAUAUUCGCAUGCUAAAGUACUGGGUCAGGUUCAAAAUCUGUGAGGGUUGUAUAUGUAUAUAGUCUAGUCUAACGUUGUUUGUGAUUACAAGCUGCUCAGCCAUUCGGUUAAAGUGGGUUUAGAUUUUGCCCUUUGAGAAUUUGUACAAUUGGAUAUUGUGCGAGAGCCACAUUUGAUUAUUGCGUAGCAGUGAGCUGUAUCUAGUCUCUCAGGCUAGCCAUUAACAAGUGGUACGUCAGAGAUGGGACAGAUACUGAUCAGACUAGAGAGAUGAUCAAAACGAGUUCAGCACAGUGACAGGAGUGCUUCGGGUUCUGCAUGGUGGAUGAUGGAUUCAGCCCCAGUGAAGGUAAGUGUAGCGUGAUCAAAGCAACAAUCAGAAUGGGUGUGUGUGCCUGCCAUCGAUACAAGCCACCUGCUGAAUUCAAACCAAUAGAAUCAAAAAUUUCCCCGUCCAACUCAGUGGCAGAGUGAGCACUUGUCUUGGAGGAGAGGAAGCUGCCUCCUGAGAUUAAACACGAUGACCUUCUCAGCUCAGUUCUGACUGAUGCAAGCUUAGGUUGAAACUUUUAACUGGACGUUGUGUGUGUUUUCUCUCUAUUCCAAUCCCUGAAACUCUGAAACACUCUUCCUCUAUCCCUCUGCCUUUCCCCUUCCUUCCUAUUCGUCCGUGUCUGCAGUCGCCUCCCUUCCCCCCCCGGCUCGGUAUCAAACGCUUUGGGACUGCCCUGUGUUGGAGGCGCUAUCCAGUCAAUUCACUUCACAGCCUAUUCUGUGAAGCGCUUUGAGAUGUCUAGAAGACGUGAAAAGUGCUGUAUCAAAUGCAAGGAUUAUUAUUAUUAAACCUAACUUAUAUGUAAAUAAUCUUUAAACCAUUCAUAUAUCGAAACAUGCUAUUAAAUUAUGAUUAAAACAGAUAAUUUACUAAAACCAUCUCUUGUACAGCUGUAUUUUCCCAUUAUACAUGUACGAAGCAGUUUAUUACUGCAAAGUAAGCACUGGGUAACUUGAUUCUGCUAUUAAAAUGGGCAUUUCCGUGCUAUACUCGUA